AUGUGGACCCUCCGCAGGAGUCACCUGUGUCUGACUUUCCUGCUAGUGUGUGUUCUUUCAGGAGUCUCCUUCCUCCACUAUCAAGGCCUCUUUCACAGCGGUCUGGACCUGUCUUUCCUGUUUGCACACCGACACCGGGUAACAGCGCCUGUGGCCAUCUUCUGCCUGUCGGGCACUCCGAGGACCAACACCUCCUCUUCCUGUCCCAAGCCCCCUGCCUCCCUCUCAGGGGCCUGGACCAUCUCCCCAGCGGGCCGGCUAGGUAACCAGAUGGGGCAAUACGCCACCCUGCUGGCGCUGGCGCAGCUCAACGGCCGCCAGGCCUUCAUCCUGCCCGGCAUGCACGCUGUCCUGGCCCCCCUGUUCCGCAUCACCCUGCCGGUGCUGGCGCCCGACGUGGACAGCCACUCACCUUGGCGGAACCUGCAGCUGCAUGACUGGAUGUCGGAGGAGUACGCGCACCUGGAGGAUCCUUUCCUGAAGCUCUCUGGCUUCCCUUGCUCCUGGACCUUCUUCCACCAUCUCUGGGGACAGAUCCGGAGCGAGUUCACCCUGCACGACCACCUUCGGGAAAAGGCCCAAGGUCUCCUGAGACAGCUCCGCCUGCGCAGCACCAGGGGCCUCCCGAGCACCUUCGUGGGUGUCCACGUGCGCCGUGGCGACUACCUGCAGAUUAUGCCCCGCCACUGGAAGGGUGUGGUGGGCGAUCGCGCCUACCUCCGGCAGGCCAUGAACUGGUUCCGGGCCCGGCACAAGGCCCCCAUCUUUGUGGUCACCAGUAACGGCAUGGAGUGGUGCCGUGAGAACAUCGACACUUCCCAGGGGGAUGUGGUGUUUGCUGGCGACGGGCAGGAGGCAUCGCCGGGGAAGGACUUUGCUUUGCUCACGCAGUGCAACCACACCAUCAUGACCAUUGGCACUUUCGGCUUCUGGGCCGCCUAUCUUGCUGGUGGAGACACUGUCUACCUGGCCAACUUCACCUUGCCUAGCUCCAGCUUCCUUGACAUCUUCAAGCCCGAGGCCGCCUUCCUGCCUGAGUGGGUGGGCAUUAAUGCAGACUUGUCUCCACUCCAGUAACUGCCGACGAGGCCUUUUGGAAUAGCCUGAUCCACCUAGGGCCAGCAUUAUGCGUCUCCAGAGGCCUAGAAGCUUCCGGAGAAGCUUGUGGUGGUCCUGCAGCAGGUGGGCACCCAUUUCUAGAGUGAUUCUAGCUGGCUAGACUUUCAGAGAAAGGGGAGCUUCCAGCAACUGUCUGAACAUUCUAGAACGAGCAGGAAAUAUUUUCCUGAUGACUGGCAAUGUCUGGGAAGGCUAACGACAGUUCUGCAAGGUACAGUGGCCACUUGUAGCUCCCAGCCCAUAUCCAGAGUACUUCUGGAUGGCUGCCCCCCAGGAAUCAGGAACUACCCCCUCUAGUGUUGACUCUUUAGCUCUUUUCUAGAAGAGACGUUUUUCUUCUCCUGGGUCCUCAGGACUGUAGGGACUCAUGGGUGUUUUAGAGCAAACACUCACCAACGCCCCUUCUGUAUUUCUGGAGUGGUUCUAGAUGGGGGGUUUGCUCUAGAGAGGGCCAGCUGAAGAACCCUGCAGGGCCCUUCCAGAGGGGUAGAGUUGUGGAAUUAUAGAUACCUUUGGUGAAGGGUUGAAUAAAGGUACAACUGGAAGCUCAACACCUCACCACUGCCAGAAAGAUUGAUGGAAGACAAACUAUGCGUAGCUGGGACAAUUUGUGAGAAGAGUGAAACUCUAUUCAACCUCUCAGCCUAUGAUAAAAACCACAAAGACAAUUUUUUCCCCCAGCAGAUAGGCUAAAACAUAGGAGGUGGAGGAGAGGGAUGGCUGCUGAAAUGCUGUAGCUUCUGGCUGCAAGGCUUUCCAGGGAGACUUUUUUUUUUUUUUUUAAGCUAAAAAACUGCCAAAGACAGGCACUGCCCAUGAUGACUCCGAAUUUGGGUUGCCUCUCCCAAUUAAGGACAUUUCUUCCUCUGCAGCUGGGCUGCUGGGGGAGAUGGGAUGGAUUUUCUGGAAGUCAGAUGGAAUAAAUGUGCCCUUUGGGUUUGCAGAAA